AUGGCCGAUUUUUUUCAACCUCAACAUCAACAACUACCCAAUAUCCAACUAUCCAAUACCCAACUUCUAACCAUGUCCGAUGCGUCAACAGUGAAGAGCAAGUCAAUACCCGAAACGACAAGGCCUCCUUCCCUGCGGCCCAGAUCUCCCUCUUGCUCGCGGAAACGCGUUUCGCAAGCCAGCUUUGCUAUAUCUCAUUCACCUCCAACGACAGACUCGGACGUGGAACGGGUAUGCAAGCGCCGGAAGGUACUUAGCUCGUCUCCACCGAGUCCAACCGAUAGUUUUGCUUCCUCCGACUCAUUGGAAGAACCUCUAAUAUUCCAAACACCGUGCGAGUUUGAGUGCGAUGAUGACCUGGCCAUUGCUGCCAUCCUUGAUGAGCAUGCCCACAUUCACAUACCGGCGAUGUCCACGCCAGAGAGGGCACCCGUACUCCAGGAAGGGUGUAGUCCAUGGUUGAAGAGGGCCGUGAGCCUUAGUCGACGAGACGACAACUAA